UCAGGUUGGGAGGGAGCGUUCAGUGCACGCAGUAAAACUCCGACACACGACACCUCUGUGUUAGUCCUGAACACAGAAGCGCUGCGUACAGGUGUGUGACAGGAGAGACUUACCACCUACACACACAACAGGACUACAGAGCGACUCCACUGGGUACUGGUCUUCACUCGUCCCUGGACUUCACCCUCGGUACUGAACCCGCUGGUCUUCCUGAGUCCAGCUGCAUUGUGUGACGCGACCGUCCUGGUAUCGGACAACAUUCAACAGCUCCACCAUGCCGUCUCUGCGACACUCUUACACGGUCACAGCCCCGGAGCAGAGAGCCCCUCUCCCCCAUGACAAACCAGACCUGCAGCGGAAGAGCCAUCCGUCGCUGUCCCGGUCCAAGCUGGUGUCCACAUUCAUGGGUCUGAUCAUCAACCAGGCCAAGAACAAGAGUCCUCAGGGUCUGGUGGGACUGAAGAACCUUGGCAACACAUGUUUCAUGAACUCCAUCCUUCAGUGUCUGAGUAACACUCCCGAGCUGAGAGAUUACUGCCUGAGGAACGUCCACCGCACAGACCUCAACAACAACUGCAGGACCAACGCGGCUCUCAUGGAAGAGUUUGCAAAGCUGACUCAGAGUCUGUGGACGUCAGUGAACAACGAGGCCAUCAGUCCCUCUGACUUCAGGAGCCAGAUCCAGAGAUACGCUCCCAAAUUUGUGGGCUGCAAUCAGCAGGACGCCCAGGAGUUUCUGCGCUUCUUAUUGGACGGUCUCCACAACGAGGUGAACAGAGUGACAGUCCCUCCUAAGCUGUCCAUCGAGGACUUUGACCACCUUUCAGACGAGGAAAAAGGCAAGCGGAUGUGGAAUAUGUACCUGGAGAGGGAGGACAGCAAAGUUGUUGAUUUAUUUGUUGGGCAGCUGAAAAGCUCUGUGACCUGCACCGUCUGCGGCUUCCGCUCCACAGUGUUCGACCCGUUCUGGGACCUCUCCAUACCCGUCGCACAGAAGAGCUCCGGAGAAGUGAGUCUCAAAGACUGCAUGAGACUCUUUACAAAAGAGGACGUGCUGGACGGAGAGGAGAGGCCGACAUGCAACAGAUGCAAAGCCAGGAGGAAAUGCACCAAAAGGUUCAGCAUCCAGAAGUUCCCUCAGAUCCUCGUGCUUCACCUGAAACGUUUCUCAGAGUCCAACGUCCGAACAAGCAAACUUUCCACUUACGUCAACUUCCCUCUCAAAGAGCUGGACCUGCGGGAGUUCUCCUCAGAGAGCAGCGAGCGUCCUGUGUACAACCUGUACGCUGUGUCCAACCACACGGGGAACGCCCUGGGAGGUCAUUACACGGCGUACUGCAAGAACCAGGGGCUAGGGGAGUGGUACAGCUUUAACGACUCCAGGGUGAGUCCGGUGUCCUCCAGCCAGGUGCGCAGCAGCAACGCCUACGUCCUCUUCUACGAGCUGAGCCCCUCCUCACACAGCAAAUACCAAACGUGUCGGCUGUAGACGCCAUGCAGACGCGAGAAGCUGAACCAAACUGGGCCUGAAAAAGAUGGAGUCAAGACACUGCCUGCUGCCAGAGAGCUCCACCUGGUGGGGAAAGUACUGCCAUUACAGACUGACGUGGAUGUGAGAGCACAUUUUCACUCGAGUGGGACUGAAAAAUAUGACUUUGAUUAUGAGAAGAUGGUGUAGAAAUUCAGUCAAAGACACAACUGUGAAUCACUGUGCGAUGACCCUCUGAUACGAACAUGACGAUGUUUUGUGUUUAUUUUUUACCCCAAACAAAAGUAAUCUUCCAGCUGUGUCCAGACCUGAUUCUGAAUCCACCGCCACUUAUUUCUGUUCUGAUGCACUUUCCACAUGGACAUUUUGAUGUUUGUAUGCAGACAGAAAGGAGCCUCACAGGCAAUGUUUAAUUUAUUGUCUUGAACAUAAUGCCAGUAGAUACAAAUGCAUCCUGUAGAUGUCAUGAAACAAGGCCUUAUGGUUUCCUCUGAGUGGAAAUCCUCCUGAACAGGUUGUUUGUGUCUCAGAGCACAUGUUAUUUUUGUACAGUAUUUAUGGACAGCACAGUGAAUGUAUCUGUACUGAUGUAAAGCCAGACAAACCAAAGCAGCUGUGUAAAAUGCUAAAACAAUACUUCCUCCAGCAAUAACGUUGCUGACUUUGCCUCCUAGUCAGUUCAAGCUGUAGAAAUGAUUAAAGUUCAAUGUUAACUUA